AAAAAAAAAUAUAUAUAUACUAUAUGCAUACUUGGCAUUCUAUCAACAAAUUCGAUCGAGUCGUACAAAUAUGCGAUCUCUAGUCGCAUACUCGAAUCCGUACCGGUCGGACGGGUGGGACACCGCAUACCGUGCAAUACGGUAAUGUGAGCCUUGUCGGUUGUCGGAACUUAAAGUUCACUCGGCAUACGUGCAAACGUAGGAUCGAAACGCUUUCGGGACGUCUAAAAUUAGACUGGAUACGGCCAAGUUCUCACGCGUGUAUACCAAGCACAAGGUGAUAUGACUCACCUGGCGCGUUGAAUUCGCGUGAACCGUUUAUCGUUCGCGUUAAAGUACGCGAGAACACCUCCGGUAUCGAUAUUAAAAAAAAAAAGGAGAAGAAAAGGAACAACGAGCUUUCCCUCUCGCGUCGCGUCGUGUACUCGGGGCGGGUCGGAGGAGAAAACGAUGAAAAUGAAAAGAACAAGGGGGAUUGCACGUUUUCGUUCGCACGCUUUUUGGGCGGUGCACCAUGCGAUUUCGCCGUCGUGUAGCGGCGACGUAAUUACCAAGUGAAUCCCAGGCGAACACAAAUGUACCGAACACUCUGAUCUAACCGUCGCUGGAACUUGAACAACCGUCCUGCACGCAAUCCCCGUCGGAUUGGGGGAGGUUUAUGUCCGGAAGACGAUGAAUUAGCUCCCAUCGUUGUGUAUUAAUCGACUCCGGCGGCUCACCACGGACCAGUUGACGUUUGGUCAUUGAGCGAACAGCAUCGUCGCCGUCGUUGUCGUCGUCAUCGUCGUCGUCGUUUCUUGUUCUUUCACCGUCAAAGCAACGCCUUUCACGCUCGUUCGCUCGCUUCGAACUGCGACUUACGUUGCGGUAAUCCGACUCGAGAGCUUUCGUCCGCGUGUGGUGCGUCAUUGGGAGUAGAUGACAUUUUCUGACUCAGGACGAUCUGACGAACACGCUGGAAGAUUUCGCGGAGCGCUUUCGGCUUUAUUGCAUCUGAUACAUUGUUGCUGGAUAACGUAAAUACAAAUCGAUCUCAGGGUACUGAUGAUUUGUUGAUAUUCCGCGAAAAAAUGUGGCUGAAGGAUGCGAACGACGACGCCACGCCAACUGCGAAUUUUGUGAAUUCGCGACAGUGCGUCCAGAAUGAGAUCUUCGUCAAUCGGAGUCUUCAUUUGGAGAACAUCAAGUUCUAUGGCUUCGAUAUGGAUUACACAUUGGCAGAAUACAAGUCGCCACAGUAUGAGCAAUUGGGCUUCAAUCUGCUCAAGGAUCGUCUAGUGUCCCUGGGGUAUCCGCAGGAAAUCAAGGCCUUCGAAUACGAUCCCAGUUUUCCCGUUCGUGGAUUAUGGUUCGAUACCUUACACGGGAAUCUCUUGAAAGUGGACGCUUACGGGAACAUCUUGGUCUGUGUCCACGGCUUCGAGUUCUUGAAACACUCUCAGGUCUACGAGCUUUAUCCAAAUAAAUUUCUACAAUUAGACGAGUCUAGAGUUUACGUGCUCAAUACCUUGUUCAAUCUACCGGAGACCUAUCUGCUGGCGUGUCUGAUAGAUUUUUUCACAAACUCGCCGCAAUAUACCAGAGAAAAGACCGGAGUGAAAGAAGGUGAGCUCACCAUGAGCUUCAAAAGCAUAUUUCAGGACGUCCGAAACGCGGUAGAUUGGAUACACCUUCAUGGUGAUCUGAAAUCGAAGACUAUCGAGAACUUAGAUGAAUACGUAAAGAAGGACGAGAGGUUGCCUAUGUUCCUUACGAGAAUCCGAGAGAGUGGAGCGAGAGUGUUUUUAUUAACUAACAGUGAUUACGUUUUCACGGACAAAAUUAUGACUUAUUUGUUCGAUUUUCCACACGGUGCACGGCCUGAUGAACCGCAUAGAAACUGGAAAACCUAUUUUGACACAAUUGUGGUAGACGCCAGAAAGCCGUUGUUCUUUGGAGAAGGAACAAUCUUACGACAAGUGGACACGAGAACGGGUGCUUUAAAACUUGGUACACACAAAGGACCACUUCAUACAGGGGAAGUGUACUCGGGAGGCUCGUGCGACGUCUUUACAGAAUUAAUCGGCGCGAAAGGAAAAGAUGUCUUAUAUGUUGGUGACCACAUAUUUGGUGAUAUUUUAAAAAGCAAGAAAAUAAAGGGCUGGAGGACAUUUUUAAUAGUCCCCGAGCUGGUUCAGGAGUUACACGUUUGGACCGAUAAGUGUCAAUUGUUUGCCGAAUUACAGAGUCUAGACGUUAUGCUCGGGGAAAUGUAUAAAAAUUUAGACAGUAGUACGAAAGAAAAGCCGGAUAUUUCCAAGUUACGCGCGUCCAUAAGGGAUGUCACACACAAAAUGGAUUUAGCUUACGGCAUGAUGGGUUCCCUAUUUCGUAGCGGAAGUAGACAAACGUUUUUCAGCAGUCAAGUCGUAAGGUAUGCCGAUCUGUACGCAGCGACUUUCUUGAAUCUGAUUUACUACCCCUUUUCAUACAUGUUCAGAGCACCUGCUAUGCUGAUGCCUCAUGAGAGUACGGUAGCACAUGAACAAAGGUUUGUUAUGGAAACGCCGAUGAUAAGCCGUUCGAGAACAUUUAAACUGGUAGACGAGGAAGAAGAACACAAUCGGCCUUCUUCCAAGAAUUUAUAUGUGGACCAUUUUAAUAAUCAAAUUCCACAUGCGAGACCGGAAACGCCACGUAAUGUUACGCAUACGCACGACGAGGAUUGUAGCGAUGAAGAUAGCGAUUCGCAGAAGCAAGCUAAUCAAAUGAGACUAUCUACAAGAAACGCGAAUUGCAACUGAAGUCAUAUUUUAUGAUACUCGGUGCUACUUUUCAUUUUACGUAACUGAAAUUGACUGAGAAAUGAAAUGAUUGAUAUAUGAUAUAUGUAGAAUUUUCGAGGAAUCAUUGUACCAUACGACGCGUUUCAGCUGCGUUAACAAUAUUUAGUCCCAAAGUAUACAUAGUAAUUUAGAUUUUUUUAACGAUGUCGAUAUAAAAGAUGAAACCUGGCAAUACUUAUAUCGAUUAUAGUUCUUCAGAGAACAUAUUUAAUACUUUUGUAGUUGGGACAUUAUUAAUAAUGUAAUAAUUAGCGCACAAAUAUUCAUAUUAUAAAAUAUUCAGAUUGAACAUUGAAUUAUACACAACACGUAACAGAUUUUAUUAGCAUUGUAUAUGUUGUAUAUUAACUUCGUAUGAUUAUAUAUAUAUAUAUAUACAUAUAUAUAUAUUAAAGUUGAGGAGUAUUAUAUUGAAGUUUUGAUAGUAGAAGACAUCAACGACAUUGAACUUAUUGUAAAAUUGAUUACUCGCUCCUUUUAUAUGCAAUAUAAGCUUAUACUAAAGUCAUAAUCGAAUGAUAGAAGUUGAACGAGAUGCUACAAACUCUAACAAUAGUGAAUUGUGCAAUUUAGGAUAGGUGUACAGAACAAAUAUAAAGUAUAAUCUUAUACAAUCAUUUUUUGAAUUAAUAAUUACAUAAGUAGCUAAUAGAUAUUAAUUUUAAU